AUGGAAGAUGACUCCUACAAUGAACUAGUUCUUUACCUCAGUAAAUCAGACUAUCCUGUCUAUGUAACUACCAUCAAAGAUCCAACGAAGAAGAAAGCUGAAAAAAGAAGAAUUCGCAUCAACGCUAAGGGAUUCCAGUGCAGAGAUGGUACCCUGUACAAAGAAGACAAGAAGGUCCUGAGACACAACGAAGUACAAGCUGUUUUGACCAGCCUACACUCAGUCAUCGGAAGUGUUGCUGUCAUCUGUAGUGGUGCUGUCGUCGGGAGUGGUGCUGUCAUCGGUAGUGGUGCUGUCAUCAGAAGUGGUGCUGUCGUUUGGAGUGGUGCUGUCAUCUGUAGUGGUGCUGUCGUUUGGAGUGGUGCUGUCAUCUGUAGUGGUGCUGUCAUCGGAAGUAGUGCAGUCGUCCGGGGUGGUGCUGUCAUCGGUAGUGGUGCUGUCAUCUGUAGUGGUGCUGUCAUCGGAAGUGGUGAUGUCAUCUGUAGUGGUGCUGUCGUCUGGAGUGGUGCUGUCAUAGGGAGUGGUGCUGUCAUCUGGAGUGGUGCUGUCAUCAGGAGUGGUGCUGUCGUUUGGAGUGGUGCUGUCAUCGGUAGUGGUGCUGUCAUCUGUAGUGGUGCUGUCAUCGGAAGUGGUGCUGUCAUCUGUAGUGGUGCUGUCAUCAGAAGUGGUGCAGUCGUCCGGGGUGGUGCUGUCAUCGAUAGAGGUGCUGUCGUCAGGAGUGGUGCUGUCAUCGGUAGUGGUGCUGUCAUCUGCAGUGGUGCUGUCAUCAGAAGUGGUGCUGUCAUCGGGAGUGGUGCAGUCGUUGGGAGUGGUGCAGUCGUUGGGAGUGGUGCAGUCAUUGGGAGUGGAGCAGUCAUCCGGAGUGGUGCAGUUGUUGGGAGUGGUGCAGUUGUCGGGAGUGGUGUGCUUGUUUGGAGUGGUGCAGUGGUCUGGAGUGGUGCAGUUGUUGGGAGUGGUGCUGUCAUCGAUAGCGGUGCUGUCGUUUGGAGUGGUGCUGUCGUCGGGAGAGGUGCAGUCGUCCGGAGUGGUGCUGUCAUCGGUAGUGGUGCUGUCAUCGGUAGUGGUGCAGUCGUUGGGAGUUGUGCAGUUGUCGGGAGUGAUGCAGUGGUCUGGAGUGGUGCAGUGGUCUGGAGUGGUGCAGUGGUUUGGAGUGGUGCUGUCAUCGGUAGUGGGGCUGUCAUCGGUAGUGGUGCUGUCAUCUGUAGUGGUGCUGUCAUCAGGAGUGGUGCUGUCAUCAGAAGUGGUGCAGUCGUCAGGAGUGGUGCUGUCACCGGUAGUGGUGCUGUCAUCUGGAGUGGUGCUGUCAUCGGUUGUUGUGCUGUCAUCUGUAGUGGUGCUGUCAUCGAUAGUGGUGCUGUCGUUUGGAGUGGUGCUUUCGUCGGGAGAGGUGCAGUCGUCGGGAGUGGUGCUGUCGUCGGGAGUGGUACAGUCUUAGGGAGUGGUGGAGUUGUCGGGUUGAAUUCUGCUUUUUUUGAAAUUAACACAUUUCAAGUCUUAACUCCUUGA